CCUACACCUAAGGUUUAGGGUUUAGCUAGGGCUAGCGAGAAUGGCGAUGCGAGGAAUGCUGAGGGCGUGGAAGGGCGCGGCUUCUCGGAGCCUCGAGUUGAAUCGCUUCCGCGCAGCAGCGGCACCUUCUUGCGCUCGAGGAUGUAGCACAGUCGCGGAUGAGAAGCAGCAGAGGGAGGAUGAGAAGAGCAAGAAGAAAGAGGAGGAGGAGAAGCAGCUAGUCAAGCUGUGCAAGAGUAUCGCAGACAAGCCUGAGGAGAGCACUCAAACCAUCAAGGAUUGGGUCGCGCAAGGGAAUCGGUUGAAGUACAAGAACUACUUGCAAAUCGCCAAGACCUUGGCCGAUCAUCCCAACCUCCACAGAGAGGCUGUGAAGCUCUUGAAAACCAGCCGCAAUGAGAAGAUCGUGGAGAGCAGGACCACUAGUCUCAUACUGGAACUCGGUUUGGUUCUCCGGGAGUUUGGAGUGGCUCCAGCCGAACGCUUCUACUCAAGGCUCCCGGUGAAGUCCAAGUCGGAGGAGCUCACCGUCGCUUUCGUGACGAGCUUAGCCAAGAGAUACCCCAAGCACGCACUGAGAUGGGUGCAAGGCUUGAAUCCCACCACCGCGGAGCUUCACAACGCCAUCAUCCUUGUCUACUGGAAGCUCAAGAUGCACGACAAGAUGCUGGCCGCCUACACGACUCUCAGAAACGACCCCAAGCUCUUGCCAAAGCUGGAAACUUACCUCCUCAUGCUCAAGUACAAGGAGAGAGUCGGGGGAUUGGAGGGUCUCGAGGAAGAAAUCCGGGCAUUCGUGGAGAAGAUCAGGAUCAGGAAGGCCAACGUUUACAAGCUGGAUCACCUCAUGGAAGUCUAUGCGUUCUUGGGCGAUGCCGAUAAGGUGGAAAAGAUCUACAAGUUUGUCAAGGCACCAAAACCUCCACAGGUUCCCCUCCGCGAUAGUUUCCGGGUGGCAGUGAGAGCUUUCGGGCGUCUGGGAAUGGUGAAACGAGCGGAAGAAGUUGUGGAGGACUCUAAGGACCAUGCCAAGGAGAGCUUCCGGCUGGUGAAUCUGAUCGAGGUCUACUCCAAGGCGGGAAUGAUGGACAAGGCCGAGGAGCUGCUGGAGAAGAUCGACAAGUCCAAACGGACUUUCGCUCCAUACGACGCUCUCGUCCGAGGAUAUCUUGCCAAGAAUGACAGCAAAAAAGCUCUGGAGAGAUUCAAGGAAGGGUGUGCUGUGCGAUCAGUGGUUCCAAGCUAUGAGACAGUGGCGGCAUUGCUGCCGGUGUUGGAGGAGCUCAAGUUUUGGAAGAGUGCCGAGGGGCUGAUGCAAAACUAUCUCCACCAUGCUGCAGGGGACGUGCGUCUCUACAACAGUUUUCUCAAGGUUUACGGUGCUUCUCAGCGCAAGGCAGACUCGAGCAUAUUGUCCAGGUUUAAGAUUGAGGCAGACAGUGAAACUCUGGAACUUUUGAGCCGGGUGAAAAUCAUGACAGGUGACGGAAAAUAAGUUUCUUUCACACUGUAAACUUGGAGAGAAAAACAAUGUAUAUCUCUGAAGAGCACACUAUUAAAAACAGUCUUGUUCUUCUGACAAAUGGCUAACAAUGGUUUUACUUUUUAUA